AUGAUUCUGACCGCUGAUGGCCAAGUCAAGGGCAGCACGCUGACCGCGCUGAUCGAGCGCCUUGUCGCUCAUGAUGUGUCGGACAGCAACUUUGUCACUACUUUCUUGCUGACCUACCACUCGUUCACAACCACGCCCGAGCUUUUUGACGGCCUUUUCCGCCGCUUCCUGAUCCAGCCGCCGCUCGGCCUCACGGAAAUCGAGCUGGCCGACUGGACUGACCGCAAGCUUAAGCCCGUCCGCCUGCGUGUCUACAACUUUUUCAAGACCUGGCUUGAGCAGCACUACAUCGAGCAGGUCGAGGGCGAUCCUGUUGCCCUCGAGAUGCUGCGCGAGUUUGCGUGCACCACAAUGGCCGAGCACAUGUCCAAGGCUGCCGAGCAGCUGGUGCGCCUUAUCGAUAAGCGUCGUGCCUCGCAGGGGGGUCUGCGCAAGAUGGUGCCAAACAUGCCCAACGCCGCUCCGGCGCCCAUCCUGCCGCGCUCGCUCUCGCGCCUGCGCCUGAUGGACAUCAACCCCCAGGAGCUGGCCCGCCAGUUUACUCUUAUCGACUCAAACCUCUUCAACAAGGUGCGCCCGAUCGAGUGCCUGAAGACCGCCUGGUCGCGCAAACCCGGAGACCCCAAAGCCUUCAACGGCCUCAACACUGAGAUUGCUGUCAAUGUCAAAGCCAUGAGCACGCUCAGCACGCAGACCACCCUGUGGGUCACUGCCAACAUUCUGCUUGAGCACGAGAUCAAGCGCCGCGCUGCUGUCAUCAAGUACUUUAUCAGCUUUGCCGAGCACUGCCGCAACCUGAACAAUUUCAAUACGCUGAUGAGUGUGCUUGGCGCCCUAACGUCAGUCCCCGUUGAGCGCCUUACCCGCACGUGGCAGGCUGUUCACCAAAAGUCGCUCGUCGCCUACAACACGCUUAAGCAGAUAAUGCGCACGGACCGCAAUUUUGCCGAGUACCGCGACUCGCUGCACUCUUGCAAUCCUCCUGCAAUUCCCUUUGUUGGUGUCUACCUGCAGGAUCUGACUUUUAUCGAAGACGGCAAUGAUGAUAUGAUUCCCAGCUCCCGCCUGAUCAACUUUGCCAAACGUCAGCGCACUUCCAAGACUAUUCGUGAUCUGCAGCAGUUUCAGAACAUCCCUUACAACCUCACCCCUGUCGCUGAGAUCCAGGACUGGCUGCUCAAGCGCCUUGAGGAGCUGUGCCCCAAUGGCCAGAGCUCUGACCGCCUCGUUGAGGAGUUCUGGAAGAUGAGUACCACGCUGGAGCCGAAGGAAAAGGACAGUGAGCGCGUAUUGCGUCUGCUCAAGGAGUCGGGUUUCCUCUAA